AUGUCUCCAAAGGGCGAUGGCUCUGCUGGAGCUGGUGCAGUUACAAAACUAGGUGUGGGUGUUGGUACAGGCGCGGUAGUUGGUGCAAUUGGUGGUGGCAUAGUAGCUGGGCUACCUGGUAUUGCAGCUGGAGCAGCUAUUGGAGGCACCGCUGGAUUAGCUUUGGGAUGUACACUUGUACCUGAAUCUGCUGUUGGAAGAAUGUCCCUUGGUACAGCAGCAUGUGCUGUAGUUGGUGGGGUAAUUGGUGGCCUUGUAGCCGGCCCAAUUGGUGCAACAGCUGGGGCCAUGAAAGCAGGGGCAUGUAGUGCUGUUAUUGGUGGAGCUUGUGGAUUGUGUUUAGGAGCUACAUCAUCAGUUGAAUUAAAAUCCAAGAAAUUAGAUAUGGGUACGGUUAAACGCGCUAUAAGUGAUUAA